UAUACAAUAGUGUGGUUUCUAUAAUUGUACAUAUUUUAGCAACUCAGUUGUUAUUAUGGUUUUUGCAAUGUAAUUACUGAGGGAUUAAAGAAAAAGGAGGAGAUAUAUUUUUUUCAUCGACUCUUUUAUUUUGUUGAUUUUUUGUAUUGUGCAUAGCAGAGAGGAAAUUUAGAUUUUCGCAGAGCUUUAGAAUUGUAGAGCUGGGUAGAAAGGCUGUAGAUUCUUAGAUAUAGGUAAAAGGAAGUACUGGGGGAGAUGGAUUAAUCGUCGAGUUUUAUUGAAAUUCCAGGAAGCUUUGUGUUGAUGAUCGCAAGCCUAGGCGAGGCUACAAGGAUAGUGUACAUCUAAGCCAAGAGAGGCUUGAGUAGAAGAGAAGAUGGACCAAAAAGUUUCAGUAGAAGAUCAAUUUUCGAAGCUACAUCCAUGUCUUCCGGUGGAAACAAGGAUCGGGAUAAUAGGGGGAGGUCCAAGUGGCUUGUCAGCUGCUUAUGCACUAUCUAGGCUUGGUUAUAAUAAUGUAACUGUAUUAGAGAAAUAUCACACUGUUAGUGGCAUGUGUGAAUCAGCUGAUAUUGAAGGAAAAGUCUAUGAUCUGGGAGGUCAAGUCCUUGCAGCGAACAGUGCACCCACAAUAUUUCAUUUGGCAAAAGAGAUAGGUUUAGAAUUAGAAGAAUUGGACUCCCACAAACUUGCUCUAAUCAACAGUUCUAAUGGGAAGUAUCAGGACAUCCAAGUUGCAGAUGAUUAUGUGGCUGUAAUCUCACUUACAUUAGAACUCCAGGAUAAAGCAAAGGACUCAGGUCGAAUCGGUGUGCAUGCCAUGAGUGACAUUGCUGCAGAAUUAACUCCUGCAUUCCUUGAAAGUCGAGGUCUGAGUUCUGUUACAAAGUCUGUGGCCUAUGGAUACACUGCUUCUGGAUAUGGAUUCGUUCAAGAUAUGCCCUAUGCUUAUAUUCAUGAGUUCACCCGAACUUCUAUGGCUGGAAAGAUUAGGCGUUUCAAGGGUGGGUAUAUGAACUUUUGGGAAGCCAUUAGCAAAUCCCUUCCCGUACAAGUCCAUUGCAAUACUGAAGUGGUUUCAGUUAGACGUACUACUUCUGGCGUUACCCUCCAUACAAGAAGCAGUGAGGGAGAAAUUAAUAUUAUGGAAUUCGACAAGCUUAUAGUUUCUGGAUCUUUUCCUUUUAAGAAUGGAAAAAUAUACAGGUCACCUGUAUGCACACCAACAGUUCAACAUGAUUCAAUGGAUUUGAGCGAGCUCGAGAGGGAUCUGUUUAGUAAAGUACAGACAAUUGAUUACUACACAACUGUCCUGAAAAUUAGUGGCCUAGAACACAUGCCAGUUGGGUUUUAUUACUUUGGAGAAUUUAUGGAUGAUCCUUCCACUAUUGGUAAUCCAGUUGCUAUGCAGAGAUUCUAUGCGGAUACAAAUGUAUACCUUUUCUGGUCGUAUGGGAAUGCGGCGGAUAUAAUGGGUGAAAAGGUCACUGAACUGGCAAUCAGUGUAGUGAACAGAAUGGGAGGCACAGUUGAGAAAAUAGUAUUACAACGUCGAUUUAAAUAUUUCCCUCAUGUAAAUAGCCAAGAUAUGAAAGAUGGUUUCUACGAAAAAAUGGAAACGGAGCUACAAGGGCAGCAAAACACAUACUACGUUGGUGGAAUUGUUGCAUUUGAGCUCACGGAGAGAAAUUCAUCAUAUGCCAUGAGUUUAGUUCGUAAGCACUUUACAGAAGAUAUGUCGAUGCCAAAAUUUCCAUAUGUUAAGAGAUUAUUUCCACUACAAUCCAACUGCUGGAAUGUGAAACGAGAAGACUUAGAUGAAUUACCAGGAGUGGAGUUCCCUAAUUUGUUUAGUCUUGAUGGCUACUUAAGGCACUGGGGAACACAUAAAGUUACUCAAGACAGAAUGCUCUAUACAUGGAUUAACGAGGAAGGUAAAGCAGUUUCCAAGAGGACGUUUGCAGAACUCCAUGCCAAUGCUACUUGCAUUGCGAAAAAUCUCUUAAAAAGCUCAAAGCCAAUUAUAAAGCCAGGUGAUAGAGUUCUUCUGGUUCAUAUCCCAGGCUUGGAUUUUAUCGAUGCUUUCUUAGGGUGUUUAAGAGCGAGAGUAUUACCUGUCCCAGUGCUUCCUCCAGAUCCGCUUCAAAGAGGUGGACAAGCCUUAUUGAAGAUUGAAAACAUUGCUAAAUCAAGCAAUGCUGUGGCAAUUCUGUCAACAGCUGCUUAUCAUCUGGCUGUUCGGGCAGGAUCUGUUAAGAGUCUGAUAUCACUGCCAAGUAAAAGCUCUGCACAGUGGCCUAAUCUUCCAUGGAUACAUACAGAUUCUUUGAUCAAGAAUUCCAAAAACAUGCAUCUAGAUGACAUGAAUGAUUUUUGUGAACCAAAGGACGCUGACCUGUGCUUUCUACAAUUUACAUCAGGAUCAACUGGUGAUGCUAAAGGGGUGAUGAUAACUCAUGGCGGGCUGAUUCAUAAUGUGAAACUAAUGCAUAAGCGAUACAGGAGCACAUCAAAGACAGUACUUAUCAGCUGGCUCCCUCAGUACCACGAUAUGGGAUUGAUUGGAGGACUCUUUACGGCUAUGGUUAGUGGAGCAACUGCAAUAUUAUUUUCCCCGAUGACAUUCAUUCGGAAUCCCCUCUUGUGGCUCCAGACCAUGAGCAAAUACCAAGCAACUCAUAGUGCAGGUCCAAACUUUGCUGUUGAGCUUGUGGUCAGAAGACUGGAGAUUGAAAAGGACAAGUUACUUAAUUAUGAUCUUUCUUCCAUGAGAUUUCUCAUGGUUGCCGCUGAACCUGUUAGACAGAAAACACUUAAAAGAUUUCUUGAGCUUACGGGUCCUUAUGGCAUGUCUGAAGAUGUAAUAGCUCCUGGUUAUGGACUGGCAGAAAAUUGUGUAUUUGUCAGUUGCGCAUAUGGAGAGGGAACUCCCAUUCUUGUAGACUGGCAAGGUAGAGUGUGUUGUGGGUAUGUGAACUCGGAUAAUGCGGAUGUUAGCAUCAUAGUUGUUGAUCCGGAAACUGGUAAAGAGCAAGAAGCUGGAAAGGAAGGGGAGAUAUGGAUUUGUAGCCCAAGUGCUGGAAUUGGUUAUUGGGACCGCAAGGAACUCAGUCAAAGAACCUUCGGAAAUGUUAUAGGCAGUCGCCCUGGGAAAACAUACACAAGCACCGGAGACUUGGGACGGAUUAUAGAUGGAAAUCUAUUUAUCACUGGAAGAAUAAAGGAUCUUAUCAUAGUUGCCGGAAGAAACAUAUACUCGGCAGAUGUAGAAAAAACUGUUGAGAGCUCUUCUGAACUUUUACGUCCAGGGUGUUGUGCUGUCAUUGGGGUUCCAGAGGAAACCUUAGUGACAAAAGGGAUAUCAGUGCCAGAUGGUUCUGAUCAAGUUGGCUUAGUUGUAAUUGCAGAGGUGAGAGAUGGUAAGCCUAUAAGUAAAGAUGUUGUUGAACAGAUACAAGCACGAGUUGCAGAAGAGCAUGGUGUGACUAUUGCCUCGAUCAAGCUAAUAAGGCCUAGAACCAUGAGUAAAACCACAUCAGGGAAAAUAAAAAGAUUUGAAUGCCUGAAACAGUUUUCUGAGGGGACAUUGAAUUUGGUUCCGGAUCCCAUAGUAUCCAAGAGAACAUUGGUCCGGUCUUUCACUUCAGGAACAUGCAAGGAGGGGAUAACGCCAAGAGGCAGGGGACCAAGUCCUCUAUCAGCAAAUCCACGUCUUAGUCAUGCCGAGAUUGUUGAGUUUUUAAAGCAGCUAGUUUCCGACCAGACAAAGAUUGCUAUCAGCAAGAUCUCUACAACUGAGAGCCUGGUCUCUUACGGGAUUGAUUCAAUUGGGGUGGUUAGAGCAGCUCAAAAGCUUUCAGAUUUCCUUGGUGUGCCAGUUGGUGCAGUUGAUAUUUUUACUGCGACCUGCAUUGCCGACUUGGCAAGCUUCUCUGAGAAUCUCGUGAUGAAGUCUCGCCCUGAAACUAUGGUGGCUCCUUCAUAUGUUACAGAAUACGAAACUGAUUCUGCUGAAAUGCUCACUGACAUAUCAAAUUUUCACCAAAUGGGUAUCUGGUUCCUUCAACUUCUAGCUCUGACAUAUGUUUGCAUCAUGCUAGUCUCUCCAGCAUAUUUAUCCGUUUUUGCUUAUAUGAGGUGCAUAUCUUUCAUCCAUGCUUCAGUUGAUAUAAGCUCAUGGGCCAGUUAUGCUAUUUGGGUAGCUUGUGCCCCACUUGCUUGGAUCCUUUGCAUGUUCUCCACAUGCAUUUCAAUUUCUUUCUUCGGAAAUUCAUUCCUCAAACCGAAUUAUGCCCUGACCCCUGAAGUUUCUAUUUGGUCCGUGGAAUUUGUUAAGUGGUGGGCACUCAACAAAGCUCACAAAGUUUCUUCAGAAGUGUUAGCAGUGCAUUUACGGGGAACAAUAUUCUUAAAGUAUUGGUUUGUGAUGUUCGGGGCUAGGAUAGGAUCAUCAGUUUUGCUUGAUACUGUGGAUAUAACUGACCCAUCUCUUGUGUCCAUCGGAGAUGGAGCUGUGAUUGCAGAAGGAGCGCUUGUCCAAAGCCAUGAGGUGAAAAAUGGAAUUUUGAGUUUCCUUCCAAUUAGAAUUGGCAAGAAUUCUCUAGUUGGUCCAUAUUCUGUAAUCCAAAAGGGAAGUGUUAUUGGAGAAGGGAAUGAAGUAUCAGCACUACAAAAAACUGAAGGAGGCAAACCACUUCCCAGGUCUACCAAUGGGAGUUACAGACAAAAGGGUCCAUUACUUCCAAAAGCUACUAAUAGUCAAACAGAGGCUAUCUAUCACGUCAUGGGCAUUUACAUGGUUGGUCUACUCAGCUCUGUCUCAGCCGCUAUCGUUUAUAUCAUCUAUGUAUGGCUAUCUCAAAGUUCUUUCUCCCCAGAAAUCUAUGCUUUUUUCUGUAUCUCUGGAGCUUUCCACUGGCUUCCGUUCACUGUAAUUGCGUAUGCUGCCAUGAUCGGUGAUUCCUCUUUGACCCUAACUAUAUUCCCGAUAUCAGUUGCAAUUGCGUAUAUAACUCAUGGCAUUAUACUUGGUGUCCUAACAUCUAUCUGGACAAGUGCUCUAUAUGGAAGUAAAGAGACUAAACAAAACCAUUUAAGAACUUGGUUGCGCCACCGAAUCACCAUAGCAUAUCAUCUUAGAUUUGUCAAAUUUCUUUCUGGAACAGAAGCCUUUUGCAUUUACUUGAGGCUGCUAGGUGCAAAAGUUGGGAAACAUUGUUCCAUUAGGGCCAUUAAUCCAAUCUCGGAACCAAAAUUGAUUUCUCUUGGUGAUGGUGUCCACCUGGGUGACUUCUGCCGAAUUAUUGCAGGGUCAUACAAUUAUAGUGGUUUUCAAAGUGGUAAAAUUGAGGUGCAGGAUAACUCGGUAGUUGGGAGUCAAAGCCUACUUCUCCCUGGUUCAGUGCUUGAAAAAGAUGUCAUUCUUGGAGCUCUUUCAGUUGCUCCAGCAAAUACGAUCCUCCAAAGAGGCGGGGUUUACAUUGGAUCACAAGCUCCAAUCAUGAUAAAGAAUACAUUGCAUGUUCUGGAUGAACGAAUAGAGGCGAUGGACCAAAAAUAUAAGAAGAUAGUGGGAAACCUCUCUGCUAGUUUAGCAGCCACAACCCUUCAGGUUAGAUCAAGAUACUUUCAUCGAAUUGGUGUUAGUGGAAAGGGAGUAUUGAAGAUAUUCGAUAAAAUUGAAGGGUUUCCAGAUCAUAAAAUAUUCUGCCCUGGAAAGAGCUACCCGGUCAUUAUCAGGCACAGUAAUAGUUUGAGCGCAGAUGAUGAUGCAAGAAUUGAUGCACGUGGUGCCGCUGUCAGAAUACUAUCAGAUAAUUCAUCUGGUGAUAAUACAGCAAUUCUUGAUCUGACUUUAAAAACAGGAAAGGCUUUUUAUGCUCGCACGAUUUCUGAUUUUGCAACAUGGCUUGUUUGCGGAUUACCAGCAAGAGAAGAGCACGUCAAAAGAGUUCCACAUGUGCGGGAAGCGGUCUGGACUUCCCUUCGCAAUGCUGAUUCAUAUGCUGAACUACAUUACUACUCUAACAUAUGCAGGAUCUUCAGAUUCCCAGAUGGACAAGAAAUGUACGUGAAAUUCAAGUUGCGGCCAUGUAACGAAAAGAUUCAUGAAGACUCUGGAAAGGUUGAGCCGACUAGUAUACUGCCUCCAGAGACGGGUGCAAUUCCACGGGACCCUAGUGAUACCCGGCCAUUACUUUUUCUUGCUGAUGAUUUUCAACGACGUGUGAGUUUCCCUGGUGGUGUUGGCUAUAUUUUUCAACUGCAAUUUCAACCGGUGCCUCACGAUGAAGCCACUCAAGACAUUUUACUUGAUUGCACCAAGCCAUGGAAUGAGACUAAAUUUCCUUUUAUUGACGUGGGAGAGAUAUUAAUUGAUCAAAAUAACACCCAAGAAGAAUCAGAAGAACUGGAAUUCAACCCUUUUCUUCGAUGCCAUGAGGUUGAUAUAGCACAAGCAACAUCAUCCUCACAGAGUGCUUCCAUUGAUCAUGGUCGGUCACUGAUCUACGAGAUUUGCCAACAUUUGAGGAAUAAGCAACCCCUUCCGGAGUCCUGGAGGAUUUUCCUGGAGCAUUCUGAUGUGAAAGUAGACCUUUCUGGGUGUCCUAUGGCUGCAGCCAUAGAGAAAAAGGACUCGGGUAAAGUUACUUUAUCAAGAAAGUGGUAUCAAGCUUUAUGGGCAGUGUUUGCUCAACCACUACUACAGACAUUAUUACCAUACUAUUUGAUGGGCUUGGUCAUCUUUGGUCCCUUGAAAGGGGCUCUUUACAUAAAGGACACUAUGGGAUAUCCAAUUUACUGCUUGCUUCCUUUGAUAUGGGUUUUUUCGGGCAUUGCAGCUUCAUUAGCAUGUGUUGCAGCGAAAUGGAUUCUGGUGGGGAGAAACAAAGAUGGUGGAACUAUGUUGAUAUGGGGUAUGGGUGCUUUCAUGGAUACAAUAUGGCAGGCUUUUAGGACAUUGGCAGGAGAUUAUUUCAUGGAAAUGACAGGUGGGUCAUUUAUGUUUGUCCUGCUAAUGAAGCUUAUGGGCUCGAACGUCGACAUUAGUCAAGGUGCUUAUGUGGACAGCAUGGGAGCCAUGUUAAACCCUGAGAUGGUAGAAAUUGAAAGAGGUGGAUGUGUGGGAAGAGAAGCCCUUCUUUUCGGACACAUUUAUGAAGGUGAAGGAGGCAAAGUUAAGUUCGGCAAGAUAAAGAUCGAAGAAGGUGGUUUUGUAGGAAGCAGAGCUAUUGCAAUGCCUGGAGCAAUAGUUGAAACCGGAGGUAGUCUCAGUGCCUUGUCUCUCGCUUUUAAAGGAGAGAUUGUACGAUCCAGGUAACUGCGACUUGAUGUUAUGUUGUAACAGAUAUAUAGUCCAUUUUGAUUUCAUGUAAUAAUGAGUAGCUAGAUUCAUUACCUCUGCAGCUUGAUAGUAGAAUAAGUCACAAGCUUUCUUUGUCUUUCAUAAUCAAGUGUUAAGUGAUUAUUAAGCUGUUCUGCACCCAUGACCUCUACUACGAACUACAUAAAUGGCAGCUUGUAACAUGGUUCAUUUUCAACGAAAUGAAAGAUCAAAUAUUGCUGUAA